GAAAGGAGGGUGGCGGAAGGGAAGGGAGAAAAGACCCGGAUGCCGCUGCCGCCGCCGGCGCGAGGGGCUGAGCGGGCCGGGGAAGGAGGGAGUCGUGCGGGCGGCAGCAGCGGAUUCUCGCCUUAUUGUCUGGGACGGACCAGGGAGACGGCCGCGAGUUUCGCGUCCUGACAGAGCGCGGGGCCCGUUUUCCGCAGGUCGUUGUCCGCAAGAUGGAGGAGGCGGGGAUGGCUGCGCCGCUACCGGAUGCGGCGUAAGGUGCGAAGGGCCCCUCGGCUCUCAGGGAUCGGCGCGUUUGCUUGGGGCGGCGAAGGGCUCUGAGGCGAGGCGAUGCUGUCGGUCUAUGGAAUACUGCUGUCAGCUCUGCUGGGCUCCUGCCUCACGCUGCUCGCCCAGAUCCUGUUCUUUUAUCGGAGGAAGCCCGAAGUCGCGGCCGGGCCGUCCCGGGCUCGCACCUCCAACAUCUUUGUUACGAGAGUAAUGCCCGACUCGACCCUCAAGGAGUACUUCACCGGCUUCCUCGGGAUCGGGCAGGAGGCGCUUUUCGCCGGAGCUUUUUUCAACCAGUCGCCCUCCAAAAGCGAGCAGAGCUUAAAGCAGGCGCUGCCCUCGAGCCAGGAAUCGCCCCCCUCGGUGGAGUGUACGGAGGAGACCCUCUACUGGCUCAAUGCCGUCUGCCUCUUUCUCUUCAGGGAGCUCAAGGACACCUCCUUGAUCCGGCACUGGGUCACCAGGAAGAUCAAGGUAGAAUUUGAGGAGCUUCUGCAGACAAAAGUGACUGGCAAGGUGCUGGAGGGGCUCAGCUUGCGGGAUGUCUCCUUUGGGAACGUCGUGCCCCUUUUUAAAAAUAUCAAGAUAUUGCGGCCAGUGACUUGUAAUGAGGAAGGCUGCCCGGAGGAGCUGGACUUUGAGGUUGACGUGGAGUAUGAUGGUGGCUUCCACUUGGCCAUUGAUGCAGACCUUGUUUUUGGCAAGUCAGCAUAUCUGUUUGCCAAAAUCUCUAGAAUUGUGGGUCGGCUGAGGCUGGUCUUCACCCGUAUACCCUUCACACACUGGUCCUUUGCUUUUGUUGAUGAACCUGUGAUCGACCUUGAAGUCAAGUCGCAAUUCGAAGGAAGGCCCUUGCCACAACUCACUUCCAUCAUUGUCAAUCAGUUCAAGAAAGUUAUUAAGCGCAAGCAUACAUUACCUCACUAUAAAAUCAGGUUCAAACCGUUUUUUCCAUUUCAAGUGGUGCCACCUGAAGAAUAUAGAGACCGGAACCUCAGUAUACAAGGUUUCUCACUAACAGAAGGAAGACUGAAAGUUUCCUUAAUAGAAUGUUCAAGAUUAUUUAUUUUUGGAUCCUAUGAGAGAGAAGUAAAUAUUCACUGCACAAUUGAAUUGAGUGAUAAAGUUUGGGAAGAAAAAGAAAGGACUUUUAUCAAGACGGCAGAACUCAUAAAAGGAAAUUCACCAAGUAUUGGACUGACUCUCCGUCAAGUGCAGGCUAAGGAAGGAGAAACAGGUCACGUUGUCAUUGAGACUGUAACACCAAACUCUGCUGCUGCUGCUGCUGAUCUUCAGAGGGGGGACAGAUUAUUAUCUAUUGGAGGAGUCAGAAUUACAUCAACAAUACAAGUGUUAAAACUUAUCAAACAGGCUGGUGAAAGAGUCACCAUAUUUUAUGAGAGACCAGUUGGCUAUUGUCAGCAGACUCCACUAGCCCAGGAUAAUCUUUCACAAUUGGAAGAGUCAACAUUUUCAGAUGAAUAUUUGCUGAAUGAGAUAGAUAGCAAAGAAUUAGAUAUAGAAUUUGAGGACUUGGCAAAUGCAAUAAAGUCAAGUGAAUUCAAAGAUGAUUCUUCAACCAGUCCCAAGCAUAUACCAGUUUCACUUGCUGUUAAACCAGCUGGAACUGUAUCUCCAGUAUUAAAUCGCAAGUUACAUCUAGGAAGUCAUCAGACAUCUUCAAGGGCACUUUUCAAAGAGGCAGCCAGACAAGCGAUGCUCAAAAAUCCUGAGAACCUGGAUACAAGUCAGCAGACAAACAAACAGCCACAGAUAAAUGUAACCAAACCACCUGUACCACCCCGGCCACAGCUUAAAGUGUCAACAGUUUCUAAUGAAGUUCAAAAUAAAUUAGAAACUGGUGACUUAUCUUCUGAGAAAGUAGACAAGCUCCCUCCUCCUGCAAGUAAUGGAGAUAAGAGUUCAGAAAAGGUCAUCAGAGUUAUUGAUGUAGGAGAAGAAUCUACAGGAUCCAAACCAGUUGCAAACAAACCAGAAAUAACUAAGGAGCCUUCAGAAAUUUCACAGAGUCCUAGAACAGCUAUAAAUAAAUCAGAAAUAUUGAAGGAAACUACAGAAUCUCAACAGAAUAUUAAAGCACCUAUCAAUAAACCUAUUGCAAACAAAUUAGAGCUAUAUAAAGACAUUUCAGAUUCUUCACAUUCUUCACUGAAUUCUAAGGCAGUAGAAAACCAUAAUUCAUGGGAAUCACCAGAAAUUCCUUAUCGUAAUCGAGCAGGUAAAUGGGCAAGGACAAAGGGCUCUUCCUACAUAUUUGAAGUAGGAAAAGAACAUACCUACCUAAAUAUUGGUAUUUGGUGUAGAGACCCUUUCAAACUAGGUGGGCUGGUUUGUUUAGGAUAUGAAAGCAUAAAACUUGAAGACAUAGCUUUAGAUUGUAUAGCUACAUCUUCUAUGGAAUUCUUUAGGCUAUUUCGAUUAAAUCCUCCUGCACCUAAAGCCGCAGUAACUAGAACAGCAUUGCGUACUUUGAUUUCACACAAAGGUUUCAAUGAAAAGUUUUGUUAUGGUGAUGUCACUAUACAUUUUAAAUAUUUAAGAGAGGGUGAACCUGAAGACUCAAGUUUUUUGUUGGAAAAAGAGAAAGAAAAUAUUUCAGAAGAAGCAGCAGCUCCUGUUCUUUCAAAAGAUGAUCCUUACUUUGGACAAAUUACUUACACUGAAAAUAGGCAUAAUUUCCAAGAUACUCAGUUUCAGAAUCCAACUUGGUGCGACUACUGUAAAAAGAAAGUUUGGACAAAAGCUGCAUCACAGUGUGUGGUUUGUGCAUAUGUUUGCCACAAGAAAUGUCAAGAAAAGUGUCUAACUGAUGCUCCCUUCUGUUUAGGAGCCACAAGACGGCUUGAGCGAGCUCUACACCCUUUUAAGUUUGAAAACCAAGAUUCUCAGUCCACACAAGGAACUCGUGUUGAUUCAGAAUUGAAAACUACAAAUAAAGCAACAGGUCUAACAAGACACAUCAUCAAUACAAGCAGCCGAUUCUUAAACCUCCGUCAAGUUCCUAAAGUUCGUAUUAAUGAACAAGGACCUGACGUGAUAGAACCUUCACCAAAGCAGACACCACAUCCUUCAGAUAAUGAAGGCAGUGAUACAGAAACUGGUGCCCCUAGUAGUCCUUCCAAGCAAAUACCCACUCCAGGAAUUAAGUUACCAAGGAAGGAAGGAGGACUUGAUGAUAGUGUUUUCAUUGCAGUGAAAGAAAUUGGCCGGGAUCUUUAUAGAAGUUUACCUACAGAAGAAAGAAUCCAGAAAUUAGAAAUUAUGUUGGAAAAACUUCAGUACGAAAUAGACCAGGAACUGGAAAACAACAAUUCUUUAAUUAGAGAAAAGAAAGAAACAACAGAUACAAGGAAAAAAAUACUAUUGGCUGCUGCAUUGGCUAAAUCAGGUGAAAGAUUGCAAGCCCUGACACUUCUUAUGAUUCAUUAUAAAGCUGGCAUUGAAGAUAUAGAAGCUUUAGAAAAUACAGCUUUAGAACUUGGAUCUAGAAAAGAGGAUAAAGAUGAAGAAGACAACAACUUAGUGGAAGAAACAGAUAAUGAAGAUGAGGCCGCUUUAGUAAUGGCGCCAGUGCUUGAAACCUUACUAAAAGAAGAAGAAAGACUUGAAUCCCAGAAUGUGUCCGUAGACUGAUAUUGCACAUUUGGCCUUGCAUAUUAUACACUGGGAAACACUUUGCACUUAAUCAAACUACAUCAGAUACUUCAAAAUGUAAUUAAACACUGAUAUAAUAUGUACAAGCUGCUUCUCCAUUAUUUUCAAACCCAUGUAAGGAAAUGGCUUUUAUUUCCAGGUACAAUACGAUUUUGUUUUGUUGAGCCAUGUUACAUUUAAAUAACAUUUUGGGGCUUUAUGCUAGAUGAUUUUUAAUUUAUUUGAACUUUUUUUUCUAAAAUGUAUUUCUGAAAUAUAUUAGGGUAAGUUGUAAACCUGUACAAAGCAUUCAGAGGGAUGCUUCACAAAGUGGGUUGGCAUGCUUCAAGGCAGCCACCUCCUCCAUAAGGUUCAGCAUCACCGUUCUGAGGGCUUUCUCAAGUCGUCUCCGCAGACACGUUCACCCAUAGCCCGUUUCCUGGCAAUCUCAAUGGAAAUGUUGUCUUCUGAAGGGCAUGGCUGCCUCCGUGUUUCAAGAAAGAGCCCUUUGCUCACACCAACAUGCUUUCUGAAUUGCCUUUGAAAUGCUUUAUACGGUUUCUGUUCUCAUUUCUGUUCUUUUCAUUAUUCAGUUUUAAAGCUUCGCAUUUUUACUUUGCACUCAGAUUAGAACUACUGUAGCGGCUGCUAAGGGGUCAGUUUUGAAGACUUUUGUUACGCUUUGCCAUUUGCUUAUUCAGUAUUUGGAAAGGGGAUUGGGAGUUUCAGGGGUUUUUUUGUUUUGCCAAUGAUGCAUUAUAGAUAACAUGCCUUUAUUUUCCAUUAUUUGGUAACAUUAGUAUUAUUUCAAUGUUUGAUUUCUAUGAUUUUCUUUCACAGAGAAGACUGAAUUUUUUGAAAAGGCAAUUUAUGCCUCACUCUUUCCUUCUGUGGAUUUAUUAGAAUCUUUAGCUGGGAAGGACCUUUAAAGCACAUAUCAUUGAAACAACCCUCAGCAGAUUCUCAUUUCCCUGAUCAAAAAUGUCCGUAGGCAUUAGGUUUUGCCUAUACAUAUACUAUACCAAUGUUUUAUAGAAAUGUAUUGAAAACGUGCCAGCAGGUUUUUGUUUGUUCAUGUAAACUGUAGAUGGAAGCUUCACAGAAUAUACCCCUUCUAUAAUGUAAUAAUGUUAAGCACCUGUGAGAAAAUUUAAAAUUUAAUGGUAGCCUUACCAGUUUAUUUUUGCUAGAGAAUUUAUGAUUUAAGAAUUAAUGUUUUAAAGGAUAAAAAAAUUAACACUAAAAUGAGUUACUCUCCAGUGGCUGUGGUGAUAUCUUGCACAAAAAAAUGACAGAUGCUCAGCAAUUUAAGAUGUUUUCCCUCCACUGGAUCCUGAGCCCAACUAAACUAAAAUAAACUUUUCCACCUUGUUCUGGAAAAAAAAAUAUCAGUUGACCUGACAUGAGGAUUGUUCGUUAGGGUCAUUUAGGUGUUUCAGACCCAUAUUUCUUAAUGUUUUGUGUUUAUGUACUUACUCAUUAUUUUUGGCACUGCUAUAAAAAUCACUUUUUAUAAAGUUAGCAUUCUAAAUCACACCUACCUUGACUAACAAGCAACCGCUCGAGCUACUGCACAGAAAUUGUUUUACUGUUACGAUGAGAGUGAACAGCCUCCCGACAUGUUUAACCUUACAACUUGUUCUUACAAUUAAAAAACAAACCGUUGAACUGAAUAGCUGCCAAAUUAACAUAAUCCAUAUUUUUUUAAAAAGGCAAACAUUUUUAAGUAUUUGCCCAAAUGAACCAAUAAUGUUCAAUCAACGCUGUAUUUAAAGGAUAUUAUCUUUCAAAAUUCAUCAGCUUAACAGAAGUUUGCAUAAACUAGGACAUUUUCCCUUUAGCUUCUGUCCAGGUACUAAUUUGCUAAUGACAGUACAGUUACAGGAAUACUACAGUUAUGAGGUUUACUGAACUAACAUCGUAUAGUUAGUUACCAGUUAAUGAAAGGGCAUGAAAAGGUGGGUAUUAGUUCUCCACUAGGACGAUUGUAUAAUGUAAGUUCAAUACAGUACAAUAUUCUAACUGUUGUGUGAGAAUGGCAGCAACAUACUAGUAUGGUAGCAUCAAGGAAAACAUAAAGAAUAGAAUUAUAAUAAAUACUGUUUUUAAGGAGCAACUAUUAAUACAUUCCUUUUAUAUCCUUUGCUUCUCUGCUUUACUCUACAGAGCUGAAAAUAAUAAAUACCACUGGAACAAGAAUAUCUUGAUGUGGUGGUAUGUUAUUACUUGACCCUUGCAUAUAUUUAUGGAAAUCUGCCUGAGAUGAUUGUCAGAUGAUUUUAUCAUGAGAACAAGCUUUAAUAAAAGUUUUUAAAUAAAUUCUGUUUC